GCUCCUCUCCGAGACCGCCCCGGGACCAGACCGAGCUCGGCACCGAGCGCCUCGAACCGCCCCGGGACCGCGCCGGGCUCCGCUCCGAGGCCGCCCCGGCGCCCCCGGCUCCGUGCCGAGCCCCCCGCGGGUCCCCCCAUGGCUCUGGUGCUGCAGCUCCGCUCCGUCUCCGGCCUCCGCGGCAGAGGCGACCGCAUCGCCAAGGCGGCGUUCCGGGGACUUUCCUUCUACACGCGAGUGCUGGAAAACUGCGAGGACGAGGCCAAGUUUGAGGAGACUUUCCGCUGGCCGGUGGCGACCAACAUCGAUGGGAAUGAGAUCCUGGAGAUCCAAGUGUUCAACUACAGCAAAGUCUUCACCAACAGGCUCAUCGGGACGUUCCGCAUGGUGCUGCAGAAGGUGGUGGCGGAAGGGCAGCUGGAGGUGACGGACACGCUCAUCGACGACAACAACUCGGCCAUUCAGACCAGCAUCUCCAUCGAGAUCCGCUACCAGGCCCUGGAUGGGACGGUGGGCAGCGCCUGGAAUGACAAGGAGUUCCUGGAGACGCCCAGCGUGCACUCGGAGGGGGAUGGGAGGUAUUCCUUGGAGACCGACAGCCUCCUGUCCGGCCACCGGCACGGCUCCGACGCCUCUCCCGGGAAAUCCAACCAGCAAUCCGCGGACAGGAGCUUCCGGAGGAUGGAAGAGGACGAGCUGUAUUUCCACAGCGAGGAUGAGCUCCUGGGAGAGGGGGAUUCCCUGAGCCAGGGAUCCCUGGACACGAGCCUUGGAGACGAAGCAGAAGAAGAUCAGCAUUCCAGGAUUAAGUUUAACGAUGGAUACAAGGCAGUGGCAAGUGAAGACCCGGAAGAUCCCAGAGCCAAGGCCAAAGGGAAAGAGAAAAAACACCUGGUGUUGCCGUUCAGCAAAGGCAAGGAGAAGACCAAGGAGCACAAGGCUGGAAAAGGAGUUUUCUCAGCCAUGAAGCUUGGAAAGACGCGCCCGUCCAAGGAUGAGCACCGGAAACAAGACGAUCCGGCUGUUCUGGAAACAGAAGACCUGGACAGAAAGGCCAUGAGAUACGGAGCAGGCCUGGAGCCAGACACCAUCUCCCUGGCCUCUGUCACCGCUGUCACCACCAAUGUCUCCAACAAAAGGUCCAAGCCUGACAUCAGGAUGGAGCCGAGUGCCGGGAGGCCCAUGGACUACCAGGUCAGCAUCACCAUCAUCGAGGCCCGGCAGCUCGUGGGGCUCAACAUGGACCCCGUGGUGUGCGUGGAGGUGGGGGAGGAGAAGAAAUACACCUCCAUGAAGGAAUCCACCAACUGUCCUUACUACAACGAGUAUUUCGUUUUCGAUUUCCACGUUCCCCCCGAUGUCAUGUUCGACAAGAUCAUCAAGCUCUCCGUGAUCCACUCCAAAAACCUCCUGCGGAGCGGGACGUUGGUUGGAUCCUUCAAGAUGGAUGUUGGGACUGUUUAUACCCAGCCUGAGCACCAGUUCUACCACAAAUGGGCCAUCCUGUCCGACCCUGAGGACCUCACGGCCAGCCUCAAGGGCUACCUCAAGUGUGACAUCGCCGUGGUGGGCAAAGGGGACAACAUCAAGACCCCGCACAAGGCCAACGAGACGGACGAGGACGACAUUGAAGGGAACCUCCUGCUCCCGGACGGGGUCCCCCCGGAGCGGCAGUGGGCUCGGUUCUACAUCAAGAUCUACCGCGCCGAGGGGCUGCCGCGGAUGAACACCAGCAUCAUGGCCAACGUCAAGAAGGCGCUCAUCGGGGAGAACAAGGACCUGGUGGACCCCUACGUGCAGGUGGCCUUCGCGGGGCAGAAGGGAAAGACAUCCAUACAGAAGAGCUCCUACGAGCCCCUAUGGAACGAGCAAAUCAUCUUCACAGAGAUGUUUCCCCCGCUGUGCAGACGGAUCAAGAUCCAGAUCCGGGACUCGGACAAGGUCAACGACGUGGCCAUCGGGACCCACUUCAUCGAUCUGAGGAAAGUCUCCAAUGAAGGGGACAAAGGUUUCCUGCCCACCUUCGGCCCCGCCUGGGUGAACAUGUACGGCUCCACCCGGAACUACACGCUGAUGGACGAGCACCAGGAGCUCAACGAGGGCCUGGGCGAGGGCGUCUCCUUCCGCGCCCGGCUCCUGCUGGGGCUGGCCGUGGAGAUCCUGGACACCACCAACCCCGAGAUCAACAGCUCCACCGAGGUGCAGGUGGAGCAGGCCACGGCCGUGGCCGAUAACUGCAGCGGGAAGAUGGAGGAAUUCUUCCUCUUCGGAGCCUUCCUGGAGGCCACCAUGAUCGACAGGAAGAUUGGGGACAAACCCAUUAACUUUGAGGUCACCAUAGGUAACUAUGGCAACCAGGUGGAUGGCUCCAGCAAACCCCUCCUGAGGAGGAAGAAGGAGGGAGGGGAUGGGGACGAGGAGGAGUCGGAGCUGCUCCAGAAUUCCAGUGAUGAUGAAGGUGGUGAGGAUGGAGAGCUGGUCUCUGUUUCUUCGUCCCAGCCCAUGAAGCCCCUGGUCACGGACAGGAAUUACUUCCACCUGCCCUACCUGGAGAAGAAGCCCUGCAUCUACAUCCGGAGCUGGUGGCAGGACCAGCGGCGCCGGCUCUACAACGCCAACAUCAUGGACAAGAUCGCCGACAAGCUGGAGGAGGGGCUCAAUGACGUGCAGGAGAUGAUCAAGACGGAGAAGCCGCACCCGGAGCGGCGGCUCCGAGGGGUCCUGGAGGAGCUGAGCAGCGGCUGCCUGCGCUUCCUGACCUUGGCUGACAAGGACCAGCACCACUCGUCCCGCACGAGGCUGGACCGGGAGAGGCUCAAAUCCUGCAUGCGGGAGCUGGAGAACAUGGCCCAGCAGGCCACGGCCCUGCGCUCCCAGGUCAAGAGGAACACCAUGAAGGACAAGCUGAAGCUGGUGCAGAACUUCCUGCAGAAGCUGCGGUUCCUGGCGGACGAGCCCCAGCACACGAUUCCCGACGUUUUCAUCUGGAUGAUGAGCAACAACAAGCGCAUCGCCUACGCCCGCAUCCCUUCCAAGGACAUCCUGUACUCCAUCGUGGACGAGGAGAUGGGCAAGGACUGCGCCAAAGUGAAGACAGUUUUCCUCAAGCACCCCGGGAAGAGGGGGUUCGGCCCUGCUGGCUGGACAGUCCAGGCCAAGAUGGAGAUCUACCUGUGGCUGGGCCUCAACAAGCAGCGCAAGGACUUCCUGAGUGGCCUCCCCUGUGGGUUCGAGGAGAAGAAAGUCCCCCGAGGCCAAAACCUGCCCUCCUUCCCACCCAUCAGCCUCCUGUACACCAAGAAACAGGUGUUCCAGCUGCGAGCCCACAUGUACCAAGCCAGGAGUUUGUUCGCAGCCGACAGCAGUGGCCUCUCGGAUCCCUUCGCACGGGUCUUCUUCAUCUCUCAGAGCCAGUGCACCGAGGUUCUCAACGAGACCCUUUGCCCAACCUGGGACCAGCUCCUGGUGUUUGACAACGUGGAGCUGUACGGGGAAGCUCACGAGAUGCGGGAUGACCCCCCCAUCAUUGUCAUCGAAAUCUACGACCAGGACACCGUGGGAAAAGCCGACUUCAUGGGCCGGACAUUUGCCAAGCCUGUGGUGAAGAUGUCGGACGAGCAGUACUGCCCCCCGCGCUUCCCACCACAGCUGGAAUAUUACCAGAUCUACCGCGGCAACGCCACAGCCGGGGACCUGCUGGCCGCCUUCGAGCUGCUCCAGAUCGGCCCUGGGGGUAAAUCAGACCUGCCCCCAAUCGAUGGCCCCACGGACAUGGACCGAGGUCCCAUCCUGCCGGUGCCCCUGGGAAUUCGGCCGGUGCUGAGCAGAUACAGAGUGGAGAUCUUGUUCUGGGGGCUCAGGGACCUGAAGAGAGUGAACCUGGCCCAGGUGGACCGGCCCCGCGUGGACAUCGAGUGUGCCGGGAAGGGCGUCCAGUCUGCCCUGAUCCAGAACUACAAGAAAAACCCCAACUUCAGCACUUUGGUCAAGUGGUUUGAGGUGGACCUCCCAGAGAACGAGCUGCUGCACCCUCCCCUGAAUAUUCGGGUGGUGGACUGCCGAGCCUUCGGCCGCUACACCCUGGUGGGCUCCCACACCGUCAGCUCCCUGCGCAAAUUCAUCUACCGCCCGCCCGACAAGAAAGCCCAGCAAUGGAACAUGGCAGCCAAACACCUCAACGGCUGCCUGGCCAUGACCAGCAGGGCCCAUCGCUCUCGCCCCACAGGGGAGAUCGUUGUCAACAUGGAGCCCGAGGUUCCCAUCAAGAAGAUGGACACCAUGGUGAAGCUGGAAGCUAAUUCCGAUGCUGUGGUGAAGGUGGAUGUGACCGAGGAAGAGAAGGAGAAAAAGAAGAAGAAGAAGAAAGGAGGAGGAGGAGGAGGAGGAGGUGGGGAGGAAGUGGAGGAAGAGGAGCCCGACGAGAGCAUGUUGGACUGGUGGUCCAAGUACUUCGCCUCCAUUGAGACCAUGAAGGAGCAACUCCGGCAGCAGGAAGCAGCCGCGGCAGAGGCGGAGGAGAAGGAAGAGAUGGAGAUCGGAGAGGGCUCCAAGGCUCAGGCAAAGAACAAGGACAAGGACAAGUCCAAGGCACCUAAAGAUGACAAGAAAAAGAAGCAGCAGCCUGGCCCUGAGCUCCCUGAGAAGAAGAGCAAGCAGAAGAUCGAUGAACUCAAGGUCUACAACAAAGAGCUGGAAGCAGAGUUUGACAACUUUGAGGACUGGCUGCACACCUUCAACCUGCUCCGGGGGAAGAUUGGGGACAACGACGACAACGCCACGGAGGAGGAGCGGAUAGUGGGGAGGUUCAAGGGCUCCAUGUGCGUCUACAAAGUGCCGCUCCCCGAUGACAUCGCCAAGGAGGCGGGAUAUGACCCCACCUUCGGGAUGUUCCAGGGCAUCCCCAGCAACGACCCCAUCAAUGUGCUGGUCCGAGUCUACAUCGUGAGGGCCACGGACCUCCACCCAGCUGACAUCAAUGGGAAAGCCGACCCCUACAUCGCCAUCAAGCUGGGCAAGACAGACAUCAAGGACAAGGAGAACUACAUCUCCAAGCAGCUGAACCCCGUCUUUGGGAAAUCCUUCGACAUCGAGGCCACCUUCCCCAUGGAGUCCAUGCUGACCGUGGCUAUUUACGACUGGGACUUGGUGGGCACCGACGACCUCAUCGGGGAGACCAAGAUCGACCUGGAGAAUCGCUUCUACAGCAAGCACCGGGCGACCUGCGGGGUGUCCCAGACCUACUCCAUCCACGGGUACAACACCUGGCGUGACCCCAUGAAGCCUUCCCAAAUCCUGUCCAAGCUGUGCAAAGAGGGAAAAGUGGAUGGGCCACACUUUGGGCCGGGGGGAAGAGUGAAAGUUGCCAACAGAGUCUUCACCGGCCCCACGGAGAUCGAGGAUGAAAAUGGCCAGAAGAAGCCGACGGACGAGCACCUGGCGCUGGCGGUGCUGCGGCACUGGGAGGACAUCCCGCGGGCCGGCUGCCACCUGGUCCCCGAGCACGUGGAGACGCGGCCGCUGCUCAACCCCGACAAGCCGGGCAUCGAGCAGGGCCGCCUGGAGAUGUGGGUGGACAUGUUCCCCAUGGACAUGCCAGCGCCUGGUCCUGCCAUCGAUAUUUCUCCCAGGAAACCAAAGAAGUACGAGCUCAGGGUGAUCGUGUGGAACACCGACGAAGUCAUCCUGGAGGACGACGACUACUUCACCGGCGAGAAAUCCAGCGACAUUUUUGUCAGGGGGUGGCUGAAGGGGCAGCAGGAGGACAAACAAGACACGGAUGUCCAUUACCACUCCCUCACUGGUGAGGGCAACUUCAACUGGCGCUACAUCUUCCCCUUCGACUACCUGAUGGCUGAGGAGAAGAUUGUCAUCUCCAAGAAGGAGUCCAUGUUCUCCUGGGACGAGACAGAGUACAAGAUCCCGGCCCGCCUCACCCUGCAGGUCUGGGAUGCCGACCACUUCUCAGCCGAUGAUUUCCUGGGGGCCAUCGAGCUGGACCUGAACCGCUUCCCCCGGGGAGCCAAGACGUCCAAGCAGUGCAGCCUGGAGAUGGUGACCAACGAGGCUGAGCUGCCCAUGAUCUCCAUCUUCAAGCAGAAGCGGGUCAAGGGCUGGUGGCCGUUCGUGGCCAGAGACGAGAACGAUGAGCUGGAGAUCACCGGCAAAGUCGAGGCCGAGCUGCACCUUCUGACAGCAGAGGAGGCUGAGAAAUCCCCUGCUGGGCUGGCUCGAAAUGAGCCUGAUCCCCUGGAGAAACCCAACCGCCCGGACACGUCGUUCAUCUGGUUCCUGAACCCGCUCAAGUCCAUCAAAUACCUCAUCUGCACCCGCUACAAGUGGCUCAUCAUCAAGAUCGUGCUGGCCCUGCUGCUCCUCAUCAUGGUGGCCCUGUUCCUCUACAGCAUGCCGGGCUACAUGGUCAAGAAACUGCUGGGAGCAUGAAGGGCAGGAGCCUCUC